AGUUGAUUGGACGCUUUGGAAGAUCCCAAGUUCCACAGUCUCUCUCUCUCUCUCUCUCUCUAUCUCUAUCUCUUCUCCCGGUCAACACUGGGCAUCCCCCUCUCUCUCUUUGGACGUCGGAUUAACGAAUGGGCAAGUUGUCUCUUCGGAAGAAGGGAAUCUGGUAUUGAGGAAGAUCGGAACCAAAGGGAGUCGCUCGCAUGGCUGGAGAGUUCCAGUCCCAGUUCCAGUUCGCCAAGAGGAAAUCUCAAGAACGAAGGACUGCGAGGGACGAUCUGCUCUGCCGCGGAGACAGUGAGCGAGUGGGAAUCAUGUGAUCCGCCCCCAGCUCACCGACUCACUGUCCCUUUGAAUUCAAGAAACCCCUUCAUUAAAUCCUUCCCACCUAACCCACCGGCAAUUUGGGUUUUGAUCCUCCCAAAUUUAGCUUCUUCCCAUUCCUCCUCCUCUUCUCUCUCUCUCUCUCUCGCUCGCUCGCCCGCUCGACGCUCUUCGAAAUGGCUGCGAACGCAUCAAGAUUCAUCAAGUGCGUCACUGUGGGCGAUGGGGCUGUGGGCAAGACUUGCAUGCUUAUCUGCUACACCAGCAACAAGUUCCCAACUGACUACAUACCCACAGUGUUUGAUAAUUUCAGCGCUAAUGUAGUGGUUGAAGGCAUCACUGUCAACUUGGGUCUUUGGGACACAGCUGGGCAGGAGGAUUACAAUAGAUUAAGGCCCUUGAGCUAUAGAGGAGCUGAUGUCUUUGUCUUGGCCUUUUCUUUAGUUAGCCGUGCUAGUUAUGAGAAUGUCCUGAAGAAGUGGAUCCCAGAACUCCAGCAUCAUGCUCCAGGCAUUCCUAUUGUCCUUGUGGGAACCAAAAUGGAUCUUCGUGAUGAUAAACACUAUUUGUCUGAUCAUCCUGGACUUGUUCCUGUGACCACUUCUCAAGGUGAGGAACUGCGCAAACAGAUUGGUGCCAACUAUUACAUAGAGUGCAGCUCAAAAACUCAGCAGAAUGUUAAGGCAGUCUUUGAUGCUGCAAUCAGGGUAGUGAUUAAACCACCGCAGAAGCAAAAGGAGAGGAAGAAGAAAAAACCACGUCGAGGAUGUUUUGUGAACAUCCUUUGCGGUAGGAGCUUCGCAUGUCUGAAGUGAAUUGCGCCUAAUCUGCUAGUAUGUAUAUGUCUGCUGUCACUUCUGGUAACGGCUCCGUGUGAACGCCGACAAGGAUUGGGUUCAUCAUCAGACGGCUAGUUAGCUGUUAAUGUGUGUACUUUGUAGAGAUAAGUUUUCUACUUGCAUGGCCUGUUUUCAGUUUUAUUCCCUUAGCAUUCCUUUUACCAAUUUGUGAGCGAUAACUAAUGAAGUUGCAUCUUUCCACUGAUUUCCCUCUUUUGGUUGUGUAAAGCAUUGACUAUUCUACAGAUGAAAAAGAAGAAGAAGAGAAAUCUGAUUUCUUAACGC